CUUCCUUGUUACGGAUCUGGUCUCUCGCCCUUCUUCUUCUUCAUCAUCUUCAUAUCAUCACAAUGGGCGACGUGUCUUCGACCCGGCUCUAUCUGGGAAAUCUCCCGCGCAACGCCACCAAGGCCGACGUCGAGAACCACUUUGCCAGCCAUGGAACUGGUGAGAUCACCGAGAUCAAACUCAUGAACGGCUUCGGCUUCGUCGAGUACAAAGACGCCAUGGACGCGCGCGACGUCGUUCCCGCAUUCCAUGGCUCCGACUUCAUGGGCGAGCGCCUCGUCGUGCAGUUUGCCCGAGGCUCAACUCGUCCCCGCGAGUACGGCCACCCUGAGCAGCGCGCGCCUCCUCGUCCGCGCCGCACCGUCCACCGCAUGUCCAUCUCUGGCCUUCCUUUCGAGACCAGCUGGCAGGAUCUGAAGGACUUUGCUCGCCAACCUGGCCUCGACGUUGUCUACUCCGAAGUUGGCCGUGAACGCGAUGGCAGUGGUAACGGAAAGGGUUUUGUCGAGUACGAGACCGCUGCCGAUCUGGCCUCCGCUGUAGAGAAACUCGACGGACAGGAAUUCAAGGGAGCUACUGUCCGCUGUGUUUCCGACCCUCAGUCUGAGAUCCCUCGCAUGCCACCCCCACCUCCUCGCGACUCCCGUUACCGCUCGCGCUCCCCUCCUCCUCGCCGUGGUGGUGGCGGUGGUGGCGGUUAUGGCGCACCUCCUAUGGACGACUACUACGGAGAUCGCAGAGGACCUCCCCGUGGCGCCGGUGGUUACAGCCCUCGUCGCGAUGACAGCUACCGCCGCAGAAGCCCGCCUCCUCGCUACUAUGACGACCGUAGAGAUCCCUACGCUCGCUCCCCCCCACCUCGCGCCCGUGGUCCCCCUGUUGAUGACUACGCACCGCCAAGAAGCCGCGCCUACCCUGCUGAUGACGGUUAUGGUGCUCCUCCUCCGGCUCGUCGCUAUGAGGCUGACCCAUACGCCAAUGGUCACGGCAGAGAACCCAGAGAGCCCAGAGAGCCCAGAGAGCCUAGAGAGCCUUACGGUCGCCCUCCCAGCCCUCCUCCCAGACGUGAGCGUGGUUACGAUGCGGGCUAUGACCGUAGACCUUACUGGUGAUUACUUUCUUCUCCUUAACUAUCCAACGGAGACGAGCUUUCGUACUUUCGUUUUAGAGAAGCUUUUACUCACUCUUGCACAAGAUUCACAACGAUUUGAUCACCAACCACCGCCAUAUCUCACCGAGACGAGUUUACUGCACUAAAAGGAGGUAAUGGUGCUCAACGGAGACUUCAAGUACUAACUGCAGCUGGGAUCGAGAAGACAGUUG